AUGAGUUCAUCCUCAGGUCAGACUAGUGGCCAUGAUCUCUCUUUCAAGAUCUUACUAAUCGGCGAUUCUGGUGUUGGAAAAAGUUGCCUACUCGUUACCUUCAUUUCCAGUUCAUCUGUGGAGGAUCUUUCACCAACCAUUGGUGUUGAUUUUAAGAUCAAAACCCUCACUGUCGGUGGCAAGAGAUUAAAACUUACAAUUUGGGAUACAGCUGGGCAGGAACGAUUCAGGACUCUGACGAGUUCUUACUAUAGAGGAGCACAAGGAAUUAUUCUUGUUUAUGAUGUUACAAGGAGGGAAACCUUUACAAACUUAUCUGAGGUGUGGUCUAAGGAAUUGGAACUCUAUUCAACUAACCAGGAGUGCGUGAAGAUGCUAGUUGGAAAUAAAGUUGACAGAGAUUCUGAAAGGGCUGUGAGCAGAGAAGAGGGAUUAGCCCUUGCUAAAGAAUUGGGAUGUUUGCUUCUUGAAUGUAGUGCUAAAACUCGAGAGAAUGUGGAGAAGUGCUUUGAAGAACUCGCUCUAAAGAUAAUGGAAGCGCCUAGUUUAUUGGAAGAAGGAUCAACAGCAAUAAAAAGGAAUGUUCUAAAACAGAAACAAGAACCACAAGCACGACAAAACAGCGGCUGUUGCUCUUAA